AUGCGUCCUUACCAGAAGAUCAAUCACUUCGUUGGAACGAAUGCAAUUUCUAGGAAGAACUAUCUCGCACGGAAUCUUCUGCGGAUGAAGGCCUACUAUCCUCAGGAGUACAAGUUCUUUCCUCACACGUGGUCGCUUCCAGCAGAUCUGGCUGACUUUCGAUGCCAGUUUACCGGGAGGCGACGGAAAACUUACAUUAUCAAGCCAGAUGCAAGCAGCCAAGGUCGGGGUAUUUUCUUAACUCGGAACAUCGAGGAUAUAAACCCAACCGAACACCUGGUAGCCCAACGAUAUUUGCAUAAACCGUUUCUCAUCGACGGACUCAAGUUCGACCUCCGCAUUUAUGUCCUGCUGGCGGGUUGUAAUCCUCUUCGCCUCUUUGUUCACCAGGAUGGGUUAGUGCGGUUCGCUACGAGCCCAUAUUCGAAGCCAACUGGGAAAAAUCUGCGUGAUAAGACAAUGCAUCUGACCAAUUAUGCAAUCAAUAAAUCAUCUUCAAAUUUUACGCCAAACAAAGACCCGGCUAAUCCAUCGAAGGGUCACAAGAGGAGUCUCUUCCACGUGUUGGAUCACCUGAAGAGCGAGGGACAUGAUGUAGAUGCACUCCUUAAGGAGAUCGAUGAAUGCCUCUGCAAGACCAUCAUCGCGAUACAACCUUCCCUUGCACACAUUUACGGUUCCUGCAAGGGAGAAGACCUCAGCAAUUCGAUGUGUUUCGAGAUUCUUGGAAUUGACAUCAUGAUCGACCACAAGCUUACACCCUGGCUAAUCGAGGUCAACCAUUCUCCCUCUUUCACUACUGACAGUGAACUUGACACAAUCGUUAAGUUCAAGGUCAUCCGCGAUGCGCUUGUUUUGCUUGGAUUAUCCUCGGAGAACCGACGCAAGUAUGGUGGCACCGGCAAAGCAACGCAUCUGACGAAAUUGGGCGCAGCAUUUACUUCUCAUUCACCAUUGAACAGCCACAGUGUUGCGAGGUUUCAUGGGAUGAUAAGUCAAUGA